CACCGCGCGGAGGGGAGGUAGAGCGGGACUUGCGCUGGACUCCUGGCCGAAUCGGAGCAUCCCACCGUCCCGGCAGCAUCCAUCCCUCCGUGCCUCAGCUCCAGCGGGAGGCCCGGAGCGGUGGCAGGAUGUAGCAGCGGAUUAACGGAGGAGAGAGGGGCGCUCAGAGGAAGAGAGCGGGACCGAGCGGACUGAGGCGGGACGGAGGGGACAUGGGGAAGGACCAGGAGCUGCUCCAGGCCGUGAAGACCGAGGACUUGCUGACAGCUCAGCGGCUUCUACAGAGACCACGGCCGGGAAAAGCCAAGCUCCUCGGAGCAACAAAGAGGGUGAAUGUCAACAUCCAGGAUGCAGAUGGGUUGUCACCGCUGCACCAUGCUGCUCUGAGUGGUAACAAGGAUCUGAUCUCUCUGUUGUUGGAGGCCCAGGCAGCAGUGGAUAUUAAAGACCACAAAGGGAUGCGUCCUCUGCAUUAUGCUGCAUGGCAGGGGAAGACUGAGCCAAUGAAAAUGCUGCUGAAGGCUGGGUCGUCAGUCAACGGGCAGUCAGAUGAAGGACAGAUCCCUCUCCACCUAUCAGCUCAGCAUGGACACUACGAUGGGUCAGAGAUGUUGCUGCAACACCAGUCCAACCCGUGUAUCUCAGACGCAGCAGGGAAAACGCCAUUGGACCUCGCCUGUGAAUUUGGACGUGUCGGAGUGGUCCAGCUCCUGCUCAGCAGCAACAUGUGUGCGGCCAUGCUGGAACCGAAACCCUCCGACCCCAACGGAGUGUCACCUCUGCAUCUCGCUGCCAAGAACGGCCACAUCGACGUCAUACGGUUGCUGAUUCAGGCUGGUAUAGAUAUCAACAGACAGUCUGAGUCUGGCACAGCGCUACAUCAGGCCGCCCUCUGUGGGAAGACCGAGGUAGUACGCCUGCUGCUGGAUAGUGGCAUCAGUGCAGGAGUGAGAAACACUCUGAGUCAAACUGCCCUGGACAUUGUGAACCAGUUCACUACCACACAGGCCAGCCGAGAGAUCAAACAACUACUGAGAGAUGCUUCGGCUGCAAUGCAGGUGAGAGCACUGAAGGACUACUGCAACAACUACGACCUAACCAGCCUCAACAUCAAAGCUGGAGACAUUAUCACGGUUUUGGAGCAGCACUCAGAUGGUCGAUGGAAGGGUUGUAUUCAUGACAACCGCACAGGAAAUGACCGUGUGGGGUAUUUUCCCUCCAACAUGGUGGAAGUCAUCAAGAGGGCAGGUUCGCGAACUGCAGAGCUGAGUCCUCAAGGCUCUCCUACCCUAGGACAACAGAGUAGCACCAGUGAGGAUAUCUGGGUGCUACGCAAACCGCUGGCAGGUGGCGAGCGCAGUGGCAGUGUGGGCAGUCUCGGCAGUGUUCGGUCAUCAAGCAGCUUGCAGAGCUCUGGAAACACACAUGUUCUGACCACCCCUGCACCCAGUCCACACCCUGCGCCCACACCAGGCGUCAACACACAUGGCCUUAACGCUCCAGGCCUGCACGCACAAGCCGAAGGGGUAAAGCUCCUGGCCACCGUGCUUUCCCAGUCAGUUAAAGCCAAGGAGCAUCUCUUGGAGCAGUCGCAGUCCGUUGAGCAGUCAGCGAGCUCUUCCAGUUCCGCAGUCCAUGAACAACGGUCAUUUGAGCGGAAGGCAGAGGAGGAUGAUGGGAAAAAGCAGGCAGUAGUGGCGUGGCUGGGUGAGUUUCAGCUGCAGUUCUACACCACCCACUUCCUCACCGCGGGAUAUGAUCUAGACACCAUUAGCCGCAUGACCCCUGAGGACCUGACGGCAAUUGGGGUCAUGAAGCCUGGACAUCGAAAGAAGUUAACAUCAGAGAUCAGCAAGCUGCCCUCCACAGACUGGCUGCCAGACCACAAGCCUGCCAAUCUGGCAGACUGGCUCUCCCACCUGGGUCUUAGUCAGUACUACCAAGUUCUGGUGCAAAAUGGGUAUGAAAACAUUGACUUCAUCUCUGACAUCAGCCUUGAAGAUCUGCAAGAGAUUGGUAUCACGAAACUCGGCCAUCAGAAGAAACUGAUGUUGGGAGUGAGGAGACUGAAGGAGCUACAGAGACGAGAAAGUGGUUCUGAGCCUCCUCAGAGCCCGUCUACACCUCCGUCCAGCCCAGGUGGCAGCACGGGCUCAGAGCCCCGGAGGGAGGCGAGGAAGCAGAGGGAUGGUGCCCCCAGCCCACUGGCCAAACCUCGCCCAGGUCUCACACAUUCACAGACCCCUCCCCAUACACCGACACAAACCCCGCCACAAACUCCCCCACAUGUCCGGACCCAGCAGGCCUCCCCCAGGGCCCGGCCGCGUCCCUCCACCCAGAUGGCAGCAAUAGAUGCGUCAGUGCCGCUGCUUCGGCUGCCCAGCGAGGAGGAAGAGCGACGGAGAACUCACAGUCUUAUUGGCUCAGAAUCAGACUCUAGAUACGCCACCGUGUGCCGCAGCAGCUCCGCACGUACUGCCGCCCCUAAUGAUGUCACUGUUAACCGUAGCCAAUCAUCCGUCACACUCCGUCCCCGUCGCAAAGGUCGGCCCCCAACACCACCUAAACGGUCUUGUUCUUCCAUAACUGGGGGUGACGGGGAGGGAGAGGGACAGGGGGAGGGACUACUAGGGCUGCCAACCUAUCGAGAGCGGCGAGCCAGUGACUGCGGCAGCCUGGGGUCAGCUUUAAGGGCUCAGGGCUCAGCAGGCCUGGAGAGAUCAGAGGGGGCUUCUGGGAGUGUUCGCAGCCUUGCCGCCAUGCUGGAAACAUCCAUCGUGGGUGGAGCCAAAACCCUGCCGAAGAAUCUGGGAAGCAGCACCAACUACUUACAGGUGAGUCCACCGAUACUUCGUCGCCAGGCAGGCGCAGGAGGUCUUGGAUCUGAGGAGGAUGAUGCCAAAAGUCGGCGCAGAACCAUCAGUGGACCAGAAGGCAUCCCUGGUGAUCAGACUGACCUGUUACCUCGGCAACCAGCCCAACAGCGUCCAGAGCCCAGGCCUCGAUCCACCGUGGUCACCUCAACAUCAGAGAUCGCAGAUGGCACGGUGACACUGCGAAGGAAGCCUCAUCCCCUGGCAACAGACUCUAAAGCGCCUUCAUCCGUGACUACCACUGUUGUUACCAUGACAACCGGCUCUGAAACCAUACGCAGGAGACCACGCACCGAGCACACAGAUAGUGUCAGUCAAAGCAAUAACCAAUCAGACUCUCCCAGCAGUCAAACAGAUAGUAGGAAAAACGGAGUUGAGGCGCAGCAAAACGGUGGCGUGGUCCUGAGGCGGAGGCCGGUGUCUGAGGUCUCUGACAAGACGGAGGCCAACAGAGAGAGCUGUGAGUGGAUGGAGGCCAGGAAGUCUCUAAAGCCGGCGGUGUCACCCAAACCAUCCUCAGUCACCCUGAGGAAGACACAAGCUGAACCCCCAACACCAACCCGCAGGGUCCCCAUACCAGGGCCUGAUAAUACUGACGUGGCACGGAGCCCUGACCCGAAGCGUGUCCCUCCUCCUGUCUCCCCAAAACCCCGCGGGCCUCCGACGGCACCUAAACCAGGCAAGGCAAUCGUAGCUUCAGCUACCAUGAGCCCGAGCCCUGCUGCUACCAGUCCCACCCCGGCCCCCAAACCGUCCUCUCCGCCCUCUGCCGCCCCCCUUCCAGCUCCUGACACCCCUUCUGCUCCCUGCCUCUCUCCUGGACUUCCCCUUACAUCCCCCUCUCCGGCCCAGAGUCCGUCCACCCCCUCACCCCACCCUGUCAAACCUCCCCGCUCCUCCAUCGCCGGCCUCUCCAUCGACUUGCUGGGAGGACGGGAGGUAGAGGAGGAAGAGGAGAGGAGGAGAGAGGAGGAGGAGAGGAGUAAAGAGAGGGAGCACAAGAGGCACAAAGAGCAAGAGGAGGAGAGGAAGAGAGCAGAGGAAGAGAGCCAGAGGGAGCUGGAGAAGAAGUCCUCAAGGAAGGAUGGAGCGAGAGAAGAGGUGGAAAGUCACACAGAGGGGGAAGAGCAGGAGGAGGAGGAGGAGGCGCAGCACCGUUUGGAGGAGACCAGUGCCUCUUUGGCUGCAGCUCUUCAGGCUGUCGAGCAUAAAAUCAAAGAGGAGGACGCACAAAAUGACUCUCUUUCCAGCAAAAAGACGACAGUCUCCAUCUUGGAUGACAUCGGCAGCAUGUUUGACGACUUGGCAGACCAACUGGACGCCAUGCUCGACUGAUCUCCUGCCCACGUCUCAUUUCCAACAAGCUCUUUCCCUCUCCCCCAUCAUGUGUAGGUGUAUCAAGAAAAGCUCUCCCAAGGCUCGAUGCUGUCGCUCUGAGAGUGUGUGUGUGUGUGUGUGUGUGUAUUUCAGAGUGUGUCCUUCCUGCGCGAGCGCUUCUCAUGUAGCCUUGUACAGUAUACUGAGGAGGGAGACCUCUUCGUCUGCUGCAGUAGCUCUAGUACGCCUCCUGACGCGAGGAGGCCGCUCCCACACAACCUCUGACCUCUGCAGCCCAGCGAGUCACCGCCGCCCAGCCCUCAGACGGCUGUGUGGACUGAGAAGCACAAUCAUUUUCCUCAUCCUUUAUCUCCACAGACUCUGGCUAGGACAGAGAUGCAAACCCAGUCAGAUGGUGAGACAGACAGAUAAGCAUAUUGCUUGCAAAAAUAAGCACAUAAACUGACUGACAGACAGGCAGAUGGAUGAAUAGAUGAAUAGAUGAGAUAGAUAGAUAGUCAGAUAGAUGCAUACAGAUGAGACCCUGGAGAGAGUUUUUAAAAGCACAAAGAAAGACAGGCCACUUUCUGAGUCUGUCUCACUCCUGCGAUGACAACAGGAUGCAUUUUUCCAGAUGAAUCGUAGCCUCUAUUUCUCUUGUGUAUGAGUGGAGGAUUGUGGUUAGCCGGACUUCCUGAGCUGUGUGUUGUCUCUCUUCAUGUUGUUGUUCUUGCUGUUGUUGUUAUUGUUGCCGUUGUUGUCGUUAUGAGUGUGUGUAGUCCCUGCUGAUGCUCAUGUCAAUGUCCUCCCACACGUACAGUAGUUAUACUAAUGAUCAGACCGACGAUAUAGAUGUGUGUCCACGAAUUUUGAGACACUCACACACACACACACACGCACGCACACACACAAGUACACACACACACACACACACACACACACAAAUGCACAUCACGUCGGUUUUAAUCUCGCUGGUGUUCUGCUUUGUUGGUGUUUAGCUCCACCUAUGGAGGUUUGCUUGGAAAUGAAUCCACACAUAUACAAUACAAAGACUGACAUUUACACAUUCACAUGCAAACACACACAUAUAUAUAUACAAGCACACUCAUGCGGUGUAUCCCUUGUCCUGCUGCAGUGAACAGUGUUUUUAAAAGAUAAUCCUAUAUUUCAAUGCUUUAUAUAGUCAAUCCAGUAUACAUACAUAGAGUUUAUAAUAUACCUGGGUAUUUGAGCUGUUAGAGCUCCCUCUAGUGUUGGUUAGUGAAACUGCCUCUAAUCUGCCCACCUUCCAUCUUGUCUUCCCCCUUUUUUUAUCUCCCUUUGUGUCCAUUAUUUAACUCUGCAUCUCUCUGUGCCUUGGUAGUGUUCUUUCAUAUAUUCAAGAUUAUUUUUGUCUCUUUUUUUCUUGUUUUUCAUUCCAAAAUGUUUAAUGGUUUUCUCUGUUUCCUCACAAACCCAUGCUCCUUGUGUGUCUGUGAUGUCAAACGUAGCUUAUAGGUUGAGUUGUGAGUCCUAUGUGAUCCCUGAAAUCAAUCGCCCUGUCUGCAGUCCUCCUGUAACCAUUGAGAAGCCUUGUUUGAGGCCAUUUAAGCCCUCCUCCCCUCCUCCUGUAAGCUGUAAUAAGUUGGCUCUGCUCCACCUCGACUCCCCCAGUUUUCAGUGGUCCCUCAUGUAGGCCAGACAGUGGAUCAACCACCAGUGUUCAUCCCAAUGAAGAGUCUACUUGUAUUUUUAUGCUCUUUGAAAACAAAGAUAUAUUUGAGAGACAGAUGGUUCUAUGUUAAUAAUAAAAAUGAAAAUAAUGAUAAGACAUUGAAUUGAGGUGAGCUGACUGAGCCUGUACAUUUAUGGUUGAGUUCUGGAUGUGUUGUGACGGCUGUUGUGCCAUGGUUGGGUUUAGGUUGUGUUUCUGCUGUGAUGAUGCAUUCCUGUA